AGAUCCCCGUGCCUGCCCAGGGGGGGAAUCGGUCGUUCUUUAUCCCAGAAUGGACCUCUUCCAUCUUCACACCUUCCUAUGCUGUAUUACUAUAUCAGCAGCCAAUAUCUUUGAGUACCAGGCAGAAAGCCAACCUCUUCGUCCCUGUGAGCUGCAAAGAGAAAAGGCCUUUCGAAGAGGUGACGAUUAUGUCCCUCAGUGCUUGGAAGACGGACAAUUCAGGAACAUCCAGUGUGACAACCUUUCGUGCUGGUGUGUGGAUGAGAAGGGCGGAGAAGUGUCAGGCAGCAAAAAGAACGGCUCUUUUGUAGCUUGUUUGUCCUUCUGCCAACUCCAAAAGCAGCGGAUCCUGGUCAGUCGCUACAUCAAUAGUAGCACAACGUCCUACAUCCCACAGUGUCUGGAUUCUGGUGACUUCGACCCAAUACAGUGUGAUGUGGAUGUCGGGCAGUGCUGGUGCGUGGAUGCUGAAGGGAUGGAAAUUUAUGGCACAAGGCAGAGAGGGAAGCCAACACAAUGCCCUGGGAAAUGUGAGAUUCGAGACCGUCGUAUUCUGCAUGGCGUUGGGGACAAGAGUCCUCCGCAAUGUUCAGUCGAUGGGGAAUUUCUGCCCGUCCAGUGCAAGUUUGUCAACAGGACAGACAUGAUGGUGUUCGAUCUCCUUCACCAUUUUAACAGGUAUCGGGAUGCAUUCCUGACCUUCAGUGCCUUUAGAAGUUCGUUCCCCGAUGUCUCUGGCUACUGCUACUGUGCAGACAGUCUUGGGCGGGAGCUAGAAGAGACAGGUCUGGAAAUGUUACUUGACCACAUUUAUGACACUGUUUUUGCGUCCAUGGAACUCACACAAACCUUCAGUGAAACCAGCAUGUACAGGAUCCUGCAGAGGCGUUUUCUGGGAGUGCGGCUGGUGACAUCUGGCAAGUUCCGAUGCCCCUCCAAGUGUGAAACGGAGAGAUUCUCAGCUGUACGUUUCCAACAUAAUUAUACACCAUUGUGUGAUGGAAAUGGAGCCUAUGUGCCAACACAGUGCCAGGCGGGUGGUCAGUGCUGGUGUGUGGACCCCAAUGGACAGGAGAUUCUGGGAACCAGGAGUCAAGGACAGCGCCCGGCAUGUGGUGAUGAACGCACCUGUGUCUUUGAAAGACAACGAGCACUUGCUACCCUUUUCUACGGACCGAUUGGAUACUUCGGGCAGCACCAUUUGUUCUCUGCUGUCGAGGAGCCCCAGAAAACAGCCCGGUCCUCAAGAUCUUGUCCUCCUUCACUGAAGGAACUGUUUGUGGAUUCCGGGUUGCUGUCGUCUGUCAUAGACACAUUAGAGGCUCCUCGGUUGCUUGUGCUCAAAACUGUUCUUACCGAGGCUAUCAGGGGGUUAUUUCCUUCAAGGGAGCUUGCUCAGGUGGCCCUCCAGUUUGCUGGCAACCACAAGCGGUUCCAACAAAACCUUUUCGGGGGGAAGUUCUUACAGAAUUUGGCUCAGUUUAAUUUCACUGGGGCAAUCGGCACAAACGGCAAAUUGGACGUGGAGCAAUUUUUCCAGACGAGCAGGACAAGCGGUGGAUUUGCUGAACCCACGCAGCAAAUUUUGCUGGAAGCGCCCAAGUUCUCUUUGAGUCAGCCUCUGGUGGACCGUUUUGGCCAGGCGGUUAAUUUGCAGAACAAUCAGAAGGCGGUCAAGUUUCUCGCUUCCCUCCUUGAAGCCCCGGAGUUUUUCACUUUUCUGCGGCACGUCAUUUCCGUCCCGGAAAGCGUUGCCGAGGAUUUAGGGGAUGUGGUAGAAAUAGUGCUGAGAUCCCAAGGCUGCGAGGAGCCGGCCAAAAAUGGGUUUGUCCCAGAAUGCACUAAAGCCGGGACAUAUCGUGAAAUCCAGUGCUAUGCCGGGGAUUGCUGGUGUGUGGAUUCCAACGGUAAAGAAAUCUCGGGAUCCAGAGUCCGUGGCGCACGUCCGAGGUGUCCUAUGUUGUGCGAGAAGCAGAGGGAGAGUCUGCAACUCUUGAAAAGAAGCCAGCCUGCCGGAUCUGAGCUCUUUGUUCCUUCCUGUACCCCAGACGGAAAAUUCCUGACCGUUCAGUGCCAUGGAAGAAAUUGCUUCUGUGUCAAUUCGGAAGGCAGGACAAUUCCAGGAAUUGCCACAAAUGCAGGGCAGCCCGUGCAGUGCCCAAGUGACUGCCAACUAGCAGGCAGUCAAGCUUUUCUAAAAACCGUGCAGCAGCUACUGUCAAAUCCUACAGCUCUAACUCAGCUCUCCAGUGUCUAUAUCCCACAAUGCACGCGGGACGGCCAAUGGAGACGGGUCCAAUGCGACGGCCCCCCUGAACAAGCCUUUGAAUGGUACCAAAGGUGGGUCGCCCAGAAUAACAAUGGCAGAUCUCUCUCUUUUGAUGACUUGAUGGACAUCCUGCUUGACUACAAAGAGCGAUCUCGGCUGAGCUUUAAAGCCUUCGUCGAAGCCCUCUAUGAAAGGGGCCACCAGAACGUCUUCCACGAAUUCUCCAGAUUUCUCUCCUUCAAUGCGGUUCCUCAAGCGAUCCGGGAAGGCAAUGCCACCGGGGCUUCAUCGGAGAACAUUCUGCUGGAUCCAUUCACUUUCUGGCAACUUCUCCAGGGACAGCUUACCCAUUACCCAGGGCCUUACGGUGGUUUCAGUAGCCCACUAGAACAUUUUGACCUGCGCCGUUGCUGGUGUGUUGAUGAAAAGGGACAAAUGCAAGGGAGCAAAGCUGAACUGAAUGAGAUUCCAAACUGCCCCGGAGCAUGCGAAGCCGCUCGACAAGAAGCCGCACGGUUUACUGACGAGGUGGAGCAGCUCAUCCGGGAAUCCAACAGCUCCCGCUUUCCUUUUGGGCAGAGCUUUCUAAUGGCGGAAGGGCUCAGGCUGACAGAGGACGAGCUGCUCAGUUCUUCUGAGCCGGGGGCUGCGUUUUCAGAAGCAUUGUUGGCGGGAGGAGAUUAUGCCAUCCGGCUGGCGGCGCAAUCCACUUUGCGUUUCUAUCGGCGCCACCUCUUUGCCACACGUGGUUCUGCAGGAGAGGCCAUGCAUUUGGGAUUUCAGCCUUACAUCCCACAGUGUGAUGGACUGGGGAACUGGGAACCUGUUCAGUGCUACCACAGCUCAGGUCACUGCUGGUGUGUGGAUGAGAGAGGACGUUACGUGUCGGAUUCUCUAGUGACACGCUCGUCUCGCCUGCCCAAGUGUCAGACACAGUGUCAACGCUCCCGAACAAACGCGUUGAUUUCCAGCUGGAGGCAGAAUGGUUCGAAACGUGACGUGACUUCAGCAGACCGGUUUACACCAUCCUGUUUAGAGGCAAGUUGUUUUUUAGAGCUCCAGCCGUUCCAGAGUGUCCAAACUCAAAGUCACUUUCAACUCCUGCUUCCUCCUGAGAAGACCUGCAGCCCUGACUACUCUGGGCUGCUGGAAGCCUUCCAGAUCUUCAUUCUGGAUGAGAUGAAGGCCCGUGGGCUUUGUCAUAUCCAGGUCAACACCGCGGAACACCUGGUUGCGGUGCCCGUUUGUGGUGAUUCUGCCGUGCGGGUGGAGUGUUUGUCCGUGGACCGUUUGGGAGUCAACGUCACGUGGAGAGUUUUGCUGGAAGAUGUCCCGGCAUCGUCACUCCCUGAUUUACACAACAUUGAAGAAGCUAUGGUUGGCGAUCUCCUUGGACGCUUUGAAACGCUCAUCAGGAAUGGCGGCCUUGCCUUCCAUUUGGACGCCAAGCCCUUCCAAGCGGACACUUCCGUUAGGCUCCUCAGAGAUGUGGAUUUCAACGUAUCGGCCAGAGUUCACCUUGGAUGCAAGAGUGGGUUUCAAAAGGCUUCGACUGUAGAAGGAACAGCCCCAGAUGCCCAAGGGUGUGUUGUCUGUCCUUCAGGCUUCUAUUUCCAGAAUGACCACUGCGUUCCGUGUCCCUCCGGAUUCUAUCAAGAGCAGGCUGGAAGCCACUUCUGCUAUGCAUGUCCUUCAGGGAAAACAACCAUCUCCACUGGUGCUUUUAAAGCCGAACACUGUGUGACUGCCUGCCAGACGGAUGAGCGAGGCUUGCAGUGUGAUAAGAAUGGCCAGUAUACACCUUACUUUGAAGACCCUGCUACCAACAAGUCAUUCUGUGUUGAUAGGCUUGGAAAGAUACUGGAGUGGACCGAAACAGAUGGACAGCUUACAGUCUCCCAGUGCCUAGUUCUCCGACGUUUCGAGAGAGUCCCUGCCUCCAAGCUUUCUAUCCCGGCAGACGGGACAGAGACGGUUCGGUCUGAAACCAUCCAAGGAGAACCCGGCGAUGUGCUUUGGCGGUGCAUUGCAGAGUGCGAGAAGGAUGAGUCGUGUGGGUUUGUCGCGCUGUCCGCUGCAGGGACAGGAACGCUGUGUGAGCUGUACAGCGCUGCCGAAAGCAAUUACAAUUGCUCCACUUCUGGACUGGCUGAAGGUGUUUUUGACAACUCUGCCGCCGUGAGAAUUGCGCAUCUCAGCUGCCUGAUUAAAGUAAGAAGCCGGGAUCAAAACCCAGUCAAGGUCUACUUGAAAAAAGGGCAAGAAUUCACAAUAGCUGGAGCCAAGACCUUUGAGAGGACUGAUUUCCAGGAUGUUGUUUCUGGCGUGUACAGGACUCUGGUUCUGUCGGCAGCUGGGACAUCUUUGACAGAUGUUCAUCUCUUCUGCCGCCAAGUUUGCAGCCAAGAUGCCUGCUGUGACGGCUUCAUCUUGAGCCGGGUCAUUCUGGAUGGAGGUAGUAUCUUGUGUGGGCUUAUGAGUUACCCUGACGUAUUCACCUGCAACAUGAACGACUGGGGUGGAACCGCAACACGUGGGACAGAAGACCAGUGCGAAAGAGAAAAUUAUGCUGAAGGGAGCAAGCAGUACUCAUUCCGUCUGGGAGGCCAGGUGCUGACCGAAACUUCUGGGGUGAAAGGAAGAAAGGACAACUCUUUCAUCAGCUUCCAGCGUGUUUAUCUAUGGAGAGAUUCUGACAUGGUCACUCGAGUGAGAUCCAGUGUGUGCGAUGUUCCGGUUGCCCCAAUACAGACAGAGCCAAUACCGGCAGGUACAGAUUCUGCACUGGAGCUCUUUACCCUGAUGGAAAACAGCCAGAUCCAGACUGACCAGCGCCGUUCUCUUCCAUCCCAAGAGUACUGGAUCUUCAAGCACACGUACUCAGUGGAGGAGGCUCGCCUCUGGUGUCUUACACGUUGUGCAGAAGAUGAAUUCUGUCAUCUAGCUGAUAUUCCGAGCGUUACGACCCAAGCAUACUUUACUUGCACCCUCUAUCCUGUGGCUCAGGUGUGUGAUAAUAUCAUCGACAGCAUCCCUGAAAAUUGCAUCACUGUGCUCCCCCGGAAGCCAAACGUUUUAUUUCAGAAAACUGUCUCUCUAGGAGGAAGCGUGAAGAACUUUUAUACUCGUUUACCUUUCCAUAAAGUUUCAGGAAUCUCUGUGAGAAACAAGAUGGAUAUGACUGGGAAGGCUGUUGGAGAUGGGUUCCUGGACUGUGAGCACUUGUGUGAUGCAGAUCCUUGUUGCACGGGCUUUGGACUUUUAAAUACUUCUCAAGGAGCAGAUGGCCAAGUGUUGUGCCUGAUUUUGAAUAGUUUGGGAAUACAAACCUGCAGUGAAGAACUGAGAAAUGUCUGGAGUGUUUCAAACUGUUCAUCUCUGAAAACGGAAGCCAGGAGCCACCCCUUUGGCUGGUACCAAAAAGGAGCCAAUAUUCCUGGUGUGUGCCCACCUGUUCAUCUACCUGGAAGAAGAGAAGAAAAUGAUUCGGGCAAGUGGAAACGUGUGGAUGAGUCUUUGGUUCUCAUUGAUCCCUCCGUCUCACGGUUCGAUAUUGUACACCUGAGUGGAGAAGCCUCUGGUGAUUUUGCUUCUGCCCGAGACUUUUGCCUGUCAGUUUGCUCCAAGAACCAAUUCUGCUUGGUGACUACUCUGGAAAUACAGCCUACAGCAACACGGUGCAUGUUCUACCCAGAAACCCAGAGCUGCAGACUUAGCCUGCAAGGGCACCGCUGCCAACUCCUGCUCAAGGAGCCGGCUACAUAUGUCUAUCGCAGGCAAGUCGGAACAGAUGCCUUCCCAUCCGUCACUGAAACAAGCGGCAGCGUGACCGUGAACAUCCCGUCGCAUGGAGUUUUGUAUGGCACUUCGAAGGCCAUCCAAGUGGGCUCCAACUGGAAGGGCAUCCGCCAGUUCCUUGGGAUUCCAUAUGCAGCACUUCCUGUAGCAGAGAACCGCUUCCAUCCACCACAGGUUUUCACUCGGGUGGACUCCUGGAAUGCUACUGUGACUCGGGCUAGUUGCUGGCAACCUGGGGAUGAUGAGGUCAGACCUUCAUUCGUCAGUGAAGACUGCUUGUAUUUGAACAUCUAUGUCCCUGAUCACACUGGUGGAAAUCUGUCUGUGCUGGUGUUAUUUCACAACGGUGUGGCUGGGGAGAGGGACCAAACAAGGACCAUCGUCGAUGGCUCGUACUUAGCUGCCGUUGGCAAUAUCGUUGUCAUCACUGCGAAUUACCGUGUUGGAGUCUUUGGCUUUUUCAGUACUGGUUCCUCUCCGGCAAGGGGCAACUGGGGCCUGCUGGACCAAGAAGCGGCUUUGAAAUGGACGCAGGAAAACAUUGCAAGUUUUGGCGGAGACCCCAGCCAGAUUACAAUCGCAGGCGAUCGCGGCGGAGCUGACGUCACCAGCCUUCACCUAAUUGCAGGAGUUGCUGACUCGGGUCUCUUCAAGAGAGCCUUCUUAAUAGGAGGUUCCGCUUUCUCUCCGGCAUCAAUCAUCAGCAAGGAAAAAGCACAGGAGCAAGCUGCCGAUUUGGCUGAUGAACUUGGCUGCCCUUCAUCCGAUGGUGAAGAAAGUGUCUCCUGCCUCCGCCGGUUGCCUGCCAAAGCUCUCAACGAUGCGCAAACCAGGCGACUUGCUGUAAGUGGGCCCUUUCAGUACUGGAGCCCAGUGGUCGACGACGUCUAUCUGAAGGAGCCUCUAACAUCAGCUUUGCAGUGCUCCCAAGCCGUGAAGUUGGAUCUGCUCAUCGGAAGCUCUCAACAAGAUGGGCUGAUCAGCCGAGCAAAGGCAGUUAAGCGAUUCGAAGAAAGCCGAGGCCGUGCUGACAGCAAAACCGCCUUCUAUCAGGCUCUCCAAAAUUCCUUGGGGGGAGAGGACUCCAAUCCCAUGGUCCAGGAUGCUGCCACCUGGUUUUAUUCUCUCCAGCACUCAUCUGACGAUUAUGCAUCGUUCUCCAGGGCUUUGGAAAAUGCCACUCGGGACAACUUCAUCAUUUGCCCCACCAUAGAGAUGGCCAGGCACUGGGCAGGUAGCAACAAAGGAAAUGUAUUCAUGUACCACGUACCAGAGAGUUCGUCCUUGAGCAGUUCGAGCCUGGAGCUGUUGCCGGACGUUCAGUAUUUUUUUGGCCUGCCCUUCCACCCCCAAUAUGAAAACCGAUACACUCUGGAAGAGAAGACUCUUUCUUUGACCAUAAUGCAGUACCUGGCCAACUUCAUAAGAUCUGGAAAUCCAAACAACCCAUAUAAAUUCUCAAGGAAAGCAACUGGUUUCGCACCAUCUUGGCCUCUAUUCCGAGCAGACUCUGGCGGAGAAAAUUAUAAAGAACUCACUGCUUCUCUAAAGAACCGUAAAGGGUUGAAAGAAGCUGAAUGUUCAUUCUGGGCUGAUUACGUCAAGACUCUCAGAGCUUCUACAGACUGCAGAAGAGAUCAGCCAAUCCCAAGUGAAGCAAGCAACCGGUUGGGAGCGGAACCUGUUCUUAAAACCACUCCGACAAAGCCAGCUGACGAAAACGUGGCCUAUAGCAAAUAGAACGUUUCACUGAAAUCUCUUUUGGACUGGUUGGGUAUUCCACAAGACCAACAUCAUCUUGCUAGCGACCACAUAUCUCUGCUCCCUAUCUUUGCAGAUAACUAUAAUUUCCAGUUUUGCCUUCGUGCAAGAACAGGCAAGAUUUUAAAAGCGCAACGUGCCCGGAGAUGGCUCCUUCCACUGGGGGAAAUCACCUCUGGUAGCAAAGUAGAUCUGUGAGAUCUAGCACGGGGGAGCAAGCCUGUUGAACAAAAUAUCCUCAAUAUGCCUAGAAUUCUAUUCCAGAAAUAUAUAUGGCAAAAGUCAAAGCUUCUUUGCCAACACAAUUGCUGGCCUUUCAAAAUCUGAUGGGAAGGAAUGCUUGUCUUAUUCAGUAAAGUUUGGAGAAGAGUCACAAGUAAGCCGAAGCCACAACUCCUUUCCACAGGGUUCGGAGGAAUGCCUUCCAGAAACCCUUGUGAAAUGUGAACUUCAAAAGAUGCAGGUCCUUGCAGCUUCAUAAUUCAUGCUUUCCCAUUUAUCACUGAACAGGUUUACUUAGAAGUAAGUCCCACUGAAUGGGAGUUACUUUCUUGAAAGCGUGGUUGGGAUUGCACCCUAUCAUAUAAUUGAGUCCUUCCCCCCCGCCCACAAAUUGCUCUUAAAGCAUCAAAACCUUAAAUAUUCAGGAUGUGCCUGAAAAUUCAGUUUCUCAGCUGUGCCUCCAAAAACAGGAAUAUUUUGGCAGGGAAUCAUCAAUAUAGUGCAUGUUUGGUAGGUAUUAAUGACCUGUAAAUAUGAUUUAAAAAAGAGAUAUAGCAAAUGGCGAAUUGGUAACGUGGAAGGAAGCACAGCUGAGCCAAAGCUUUUUUGAAUCUUGCCUGUUGUUGUAACGUCUUCGUGAAGACGAAAACUCAAAUGCUACAGUGAUACAGCAAUCCAACAACUGUUUUUGCUUGUUGCUCAUAUUUGGCUAUAUUCAGUUGUUUGAACAAAGUGUUCAAUAAAGCUGCAAAAACUG